CUUGCCAUUGGACGACGGACUUCCGGUAUUUCCCCCACACAAAAAUGGCACAAGAACCGUGGAACAGGAUUAACGUUCUCCUCCCGAGUGCCGUUUAUUGUGUUUGCGUACCUUUCACGCCAAAAACAGAUGUGACUGUAAGCAACUUGUUGGUGGAAAAUGGCAAAGUCCUCAAAUUACUUCGACAUAAUUUACUCCAGACGGAAGUGCGAGUGUUGUACGACUUGCUGUACAAUCUGAACAACAGCUCCAGAGGCAACAAGACCUUUCGGGUGAUGAAGCAGGUGGAGCAAUGCAUCAACAGACUGAAAGAUAUGAAGUUGGACGUUGCUCUCCAGGAUCUGUAUGAUGUUUGCCCUAAAAAGAUUCAAAGGAAGUUGAGCAAGAAGGUUGAGGAGUGUGAACUUCCCAGCCAACCCAUGUUGGAGUGGCUCUGUCUCAAAGUGCUGGGAGCGGCACAAUUAAUGAUCUGCACAAUGAAACGCUGCAGCAAAGGUUUUGUCUUGUCAAGGCAGCACAUGAAGUUUGAGUUCGUCAUCCUGAAUAUGGUGAUAACCAGCAUGUUCAGUCGUUUCUGGGUGAUUUUCAGAGGGAUCCUGGCCAGUCUGUGCUCUCUCUAUCGGCAGCUCUAUGAUCUCCGUGGCAAAGUAUCCGACGCUAAGCCCAUGCCCUUCCUCACAGACUACUGUCUGCCAGCAGACGUGGUUGACUUUCUUGGUCCUUCUGACGCAUCUUUACUCCCUGCAAAGCACAAAAUUCAAGUUAAAGCUCAGAAGGGGAAAGUUGAAAAACAAAAGCCUCCAAUCAAAACAAACAACUUGGGGCCGACGAGGAAGAUCAGAGAAGACCUCGGCGUUGCUGUGCAAAGAGAACUGGAGUUUGACUCGGACAUCAAACCUAUUCAAAACAUUUUCGGGAAUAUACCAAAGAAGAAGAUCCUCCCAAAGGAAAAAAAGAAGGAUGAGAAGAAACAGAUGUUGCAGAGACAAGUAAAUCAAGUCUCGACGUUUAAAGACAUGGCCUCCUGUCUCGAAGAAUUGAUCCUGUGGUGCAAGUCCAAGAAAACGAAUAAGCGUGAACGCCUCCUAACCUUCCUAAGGUUGAAGUGCCGUCGGCUGAGAGGACUAGAGGCUGCAGGUUACAAAGUGCAAAAGAAGUUAAAGACAUUCAAACAAGAAGCUUGCCAGGCCUUCUGCGGCGUCCCAGGACCAGUGCGGAAGACCUGCCCGCCUGCUGGAGCUUGCAGAAGACUUGGUCGCCUGAGAACACGUGUGUGGACCCUCAGGAUGCAAUUCAGGUCACCUGAAACGAGAAGGCAUGUAAAAAGGAAACAAAGGCAGAAGAAAUGUGUGUCAUUGGGACUGUUGAUGCAGGAUGGCGGGUUAAGCGAAAUGGACAAAGCAACCGCAUGCACGGUUGACUCUGGAAAACAUGACGACAUUGAUGAAAUAUUUGCUUGUGUAGGUCUGUGAUGAUUUUUCAUGGCGGUGCCGGAAAAAUAUGGAUUCACAUCCAAAUAGGUAUUUUGAAAGAUUCUGACUCAAUUCAUCAUUUUAACAGGCCUUAUAGGCCAAAUUAUACAUUGAGCUAAAUGUUUUAAAAAUAAUUGAUUCUGAUUUGACAAUCGGAAUCAAAAUGAAUCAUGAGUUGUAAGAUUUACACUCCUUGUUUUUAAUCCAUACGGUUUCUACGUUGCCUAAAAUGUGCCAAAUUGUUGGUAGAAGGAGUCUAUCGCAGUUGACUUGGGGUGGUAGAUCGUGUACAAUCAUUAUCACCUGUUAAUCGCAAAGGCACCGUUCACAUUGCAGAUCAAUUACCAAAGAUUUUCCACAUAUGUGACCUGUAAUAAAAAGUACAAUUCCGAAUGUAUUUUAUUUUUUCCAAAUCAGACCCAGGUCUUUUUCAUAUGGUUAUAAAUCUGACUGCAGUCUAUGAUCAGGUCACAUAAUCCCAUCUAUGUGGCUUGGAAAGCAGCGAGGCAGCUCACUUCAAUGUUCCACCGGUCCUGUCUCCGACUUCUUACCCACACAUUCUUUAGAACAGACGACACAGCAAGUGCCUCACAAACCGUCAUAGUCAAAAUUAUUGCCCCCUUUUUUCCUUAAUCGCUUAUGGAAAAAUUAUCUGGUCAAAAAUAAUUUGGUUGCACAAAAUUCUGGAAAAUGCCUAAAAUAUGCCAGGUCAGAGAUCUUCCAAGAAUUGCGAACUUCAUGGACAUUUUGUUUACAUUAGACACAAAACUAAGUAAAUUAAACUAAUGAAAUAUAUACAAAUUUCAUAAUAUCUGAAUUGGAUAUCAUUGCAUUGUGAACGGAGCCAAAGACAAAAAUGACCAUCCAUAUAAAGUAAUAUUGCUCUGCUCUUAUGGCUUUUAAAUUAUUUUCCGUUAAAUUGAAGUCAUUAAUGAUGGAAAUAUUUUCAUAGUUAAGGCAUAAGAACUCUGUUUAUUACCUUCUAAAUCAGGGGUGUCAAACUCAAAUACAGAGAGGGCCAAAAUUUAAAACUGAACAAAGCCGCGGGCAAAGGUUGAACAAAUUAACCUUUUAGGUGGUAGUGUGUAUUGUAGCGUCCCGGAAGAGUUAGUGCUGCAAGGGGUUCUGGGUAUUUGUUCUGUUGUGUUACAGUGCGGAUGCUCUCCCGAAAUGUGUUUGUCAUUCUUGUUUGGUGUGGGUUCACAGUGUGGUGCAUAUUUGUAAAAGUGUUAAAGUUGUUUAUACGGCCACCCUCAGUGUGACCUGUAUAGCUGUUGACUAAGUAUGCUUUGCAUUCACUUAUGAGUGUGUACAAGCUGCUUAUAUCAUGAAGCUUGGCCGGCACGCUGUUUGUAUGGAAGAUAAGCGGACGUGACAACAGGUUGUAGAGAACGUUAAAGGCAUUGCCUUUACGGCACGGCCCCCAAUAUUGUUGUCCGGGUGGAAAUUGGGAGAUGUUCACGAGAAUGGUUGCCCAGGGAGAUUUUCGGGAGGGGCACUGAACUUCGGGAGUCUCCCGGGAAAAUCAGGAGGGUUGGCAAGUAUGAGUAUUAGCGGUGAAUGCGGUGUGACAGCGGCAAAUUUGGCCCGCGGGCCAGAGUUUGACACCCAUGUUCUAAAUGAAUGUUUCCAACAUUAUGAGGAAAUAAUACCAUUUAGUUCCUGUUUCACUCUUUUCCAAUAUGUUAAUGCUAUAUGAGGCUGAGCCAAUCACUGGCCACGAUACUGAACAGCACCCGCUGAUUGGUUUGGUUUCAUCUCAUGGUAAUGACUACUGUUUUUAGUGAAUUUUGCAAUUCUUAAGCCUGAAAGUUCUUAAUUUAGGGCAAAAAUUAUAUAGGAUAUGCUUAAAAAAUGUGCAAUGUGGCGAUGGAAGUAUCUACCAUGGUGCCUGGACAUUCAAGUUCAACGUUAUCUGAAAGCGCUCUAAAAACAUUGUUCCCCAAAUGACAUAUACACUAUUAUGACAGUAAUUAUGUAUGUAAGGCCCCCGAAACACCACAGUUUAACAUGUAACACGCUUUUUAUCAAGAAAAACUUGUAUUGUACUACAAGCAAGUACAUUAGUAUUUUUAAGUAUGAGCUAAAAUUUGAAUUCCGUGGUUUUUUUUUAUUACAAAGUCAGGGUGCAUUAUUUCAAAGUGCAUAACUAAUAAAACUGAAUUUUAUUUUAUUUUUUUAAAGGGGUUAUUGGAAAAUAUUCUCACUGUAAAGGGCCCGUGGUCCCAAAAUGUUUGUGAACCCCUGUAAUAAACCAUGUAAAUGCAAA